GAGAGAAGAGGAAGGCGCGGACACGGAGGAGAAAAGCUAGCCUGCCCCGGCGCCCAACUUCCCUGCGCCCACUCCCGCUGCCUGCCUCGGGCCCCUCAGCGACGGCAGACGGCCGGGCACAACUUUGCGAGCUCGGGGGAAACGGGGAGCCCCUCCGAGCCCCCCGGGGGCGGCGUUGGGGUGCGUGUGAGGGGGGAAAAGGCGGCGCCGAGCCCCCUGCCCGCCGCCUGAGGUGGCUGCGAGCUGAGGUGGCUGAGGUGGCGGGGCCGCGCUGCCGCCCUCCCUCCAUUUUCCUGCCGCCCGCCCGGCCGCGCAGGACGCCUCAGGGGGGCCACUUCGCCUCGGGACCAGCCCGGGGAGCUCGGGGGCCGUUUUGGGGCGGCAGGCUGCGGGGAGAGCCGGGCUGCCCCCGGCGGGACGGAGCCGGCAGCAACUUAAGGGAGGAUGGCAGCGCUGCCCGGGCUGCCGAGCCGCCGGGAGAGCCGCGGGGUGCCGACGGACAGCCGGGGGAGCUGGGUGCCGUGCGCCGCUGCCUAACGACCGGCGCUAAGAUGGAAUUUCUCACCUGGCUUUUCCCCGCCUUGGUCCUGCUGUGCACCCAGCAGCACAGGUGCAUCAGAGCUAUGACUGACAUUGGAGAUUACAUAGGCUCCAACAUCGAAAUAUCCUGGUUACCCAACCUAGACGAUUUGAUGAAAGGGUAUGCACGGAAUUUCAGGCCUGGGAUUGGAGGUCCUCCUGUUAACGUUGCUCUUGCAAUUGAAGUAGCCAGCAUCGACCACAUCUCAGAGGUGAACAUGGAAUAUACCAUGACGGUAUUUUUGCACCAGAGCUGGCGAGAUGAGCGUCUGUCUUACAACCACACCAAUGAAACUCUGGGCUUAGACAGCCGGUUUGUGGACAAGCUCUGGCUGCCAGACACUUUCAUAGUAAAUGCCAAGUCUGCCUGGUUCCAUGAUGUGACUGUGGAAAACAAACUUAUCAGGCUCCAGCCAGAUGGGGUCAUUUUAUACAGCAUAAGGAUUACCUCAACGGUGGCCUGCGACAUGGACCUUUCCAAGUACCCAAUGGAUGAGCAAGAAUGCAUGUUGGAUUUGGAGAGCUAUGGCUAUUCUUCAGAGGACAUUGUCUACCACUGGUCAGAAAACCAGGAUGAAAUCCAUGGGCUGGAUAAGCUGCAGCUUGCUCAGUUCACAAUCACCAAUUACCAGUUCACAACAGAAAUGAUGAACUUCAAAUCUGGUCAGUUUCCCAGGCUCAGUCUCCACUUCCACCUUCGGCGAAAUCGAGGAGUUUACAUCAUUCAGUCUUACGUUCCUUCUAUCUUACUAGUGGCCAUGUCGUGGGUAUCCUUCUGGAUCAGCCAGUCAGCUGUGCCUGCCAGAGUGUCAUUAGGUAUAACUACUGUUCUUACUAUGACUACGCUGAUGGUCAGUGCCCGUUCUUCACUUCCACGAGCAUCUGCCAUCAAGGCGCUUGAUGUUUACUUCUGGAUAUGCUACGUGUUUGUCUUCGCUGCACUUGUAGAAUAUGCAUUUGCACAUUUCAAUGCUGACUACAUGAAAAAGCAAAAGAACAAGCUCAAGGCAAGAAGGCAGAGUGGAGAGGUAAACGUGAAGAAUGCCAUCGUUCUGUUUUCCCUUUCCAUAGCUGGUGUGCACCAGGAACUGGCCAUUUCCAACAGGCACCACCGCAUUCCCAGAAGUCUGCCCGGAUCAUACGGCACAAUAGAAAUAGAAACUGGAGAGACAAAACUGCGGCAAGAAAUGAAACUGGAUAGAAAGAGUGGUCUGAAGUCCCUCUUUAAGCCCAUUGAUGCUGAUACCAUUGACAUAUACGCCAGAGCAGUGUUUCCAGCAGCCUUUGCAGCAGUCAAUGUUAUAUACUGGGUUGCCUACACAAUGUAAAAAAACUAUAUGAAGAGCUACAAAUUGAACAAUACCUACACACUGAAAAGUCCUUGCUGAAACUGUAUUGUUCUAUCUCUUCUCAAAAUAUUUUCUGAUGAGCUUGAGACACUUCUAGUCAAGAAACUCCUACAAUCAAUUCCUACUAAAAGCAGCAAGAGGAACAAUUUGUUACUGAUCUGAUUUGAUACAUUAAUAACUGUACUCUCCCAAACAGUCCCAGCUCCUUUUGUUUCCUCUCUUGCCGUGAGACAGUUUUUAAUAUGUAUAUAUUUGCAGAAAAUGUUUAAAUCUUAAAUUACCAUGGUUUUCCUCCACCUGAAGAGUUGAUAAGUAGUAAUGAAGGUUUAGCUUUUCACACUUAGAGCAUUUCCUUUUUCUUAAUGGAACAGCUAAUUCCUCACUUCCACACAAGUGAUUUUCUGCAUCUUGCUUUCUGGGAGAUGGUCCAGGUUUAACAUUAGUGGUAAAGUUGGAGAUUUUAAUCAUAAAAAUCUCAUGAUCAAAGUAAAAAGGGAAUAGAGGUGAGUGGAGGAUUCUUCUUGAAUUAUUAUUUGUCUUGGAUACAAGUAUUGAAAACGUUUAAAUGCUCUUAGUCACAGCAUGAAAUAAAAUAUACUACAUGGAA